AUGAAUAAUACAGAUUCGUUUGCUAUUGUUCAUUUUCCUCAAAAUCCCAAGAUCACAGCUGAGGAAAUGCUCGAUAUACAAUUUGAUACAACAACAACUACCAUAAAAACAGCUGAUUUGACAUAUGAAGGUCAAAAUACAAAAUCGUCGGAUCUAUGUGGUGUUCUUGGAUUUGUCGAUGAUCAAGGACAUAUUCAUCUGUCAUCAAAUUUCGAUCUAUACAGUAUGCGUCCUAAAUUAACUGAUUUCAAUGUCACAAUCAGUCAAAAUUUGAAUAAUGAUGAUAAUAAACUGAGUCGAACUGAUCUUGACGAAAAAUUUGGAACAGAAAAGAAACGUCGUUCAGUACACUCGAAAAAACGUAACGCUAUCGAAGCCAAUAUUCUCGAGACAGCUGUAUCAGCUGCGCGAGAACAAGUAGUGAAUACUAGCAAUGAACAGUUAAGUGAAAGUUUAAAUAAUAAUUCAAUCAUUUCAUUGGAUACCGAUGAACAAAUGGCCAUACCAAAACCGAAUUACGAUGCACAAAAACCUGAAGAAGUGUUUCAACUCUCUGAUAUUAUAAAUGAAAGUGAUUUGCUGAUGCUAAACGAUAAAUCGAAUGAAAUUGUUGAUGCAACGAAAGAAUUGAUUCAAAAAUGGUCAAAAGAAGGUACUUAUACAGCCUUCGUCUGCGAUCAAAUGAAAAAAUUACCUGUGAGUCAUGGGGAACGGGUAUCAUGUGCAUCGAAAAUUCUUUAUUUACACUAUUUGAUAACAUUUUUCAAACGCUCAGUAUUCAAACGCUUAACUGGAAAACCGUUUCCUGAUGACGCACCACGUCCAUUACAAGACAAAGCUUUACAUGUGUAUGCUAUUGCGAAUAUCAAUGAACGUACACGGAAACAAGACAAUACGGUUCCACCUCGUCUUCGACUGAAAUUAACUGCACAUAUAUGUAUCCUGGCUUUACAUAUUUGUCAAUAUACGGUAGAUAUCGAUAGUCUUCGUUCUUCACUAGGCAGUUCAACAUCCUUAUUAAAAUUGCAAGAUAUCUUCAGCGAACUUGGCUGUAAGAUUAUAAAAGUGGCACAGACGAGCGUUGCCAGACUUGAAACUCCUAUAACUAAACCAAAAAUAAAAGAUACACUAAGUGUCGGAUCGAACCGAAAACGAAAACGAACUACUUGA